AUGACACGUGUGACGGUCGCUCACGCAUUCCUCAAUCGCUGGCGCUGGUAUCUCUGUGGCGCGGGCGCUGCGUGUACCCUGCUAUGGAGUCUCUAUUUCCUUUCCACAAUGCAGCACACGCCGCGCGUUGUCCCGCGACCGCAUGGCUUUGGCUUUGAUGCCAAUAACACAAACACACCUCCUGCCUCGAUUCCUGAAACUCAUUCACAACAGCCAGGGUUGAUCCCUUCUGGUCCGGACGCAGCGGCGAAUUCGACGUUGGGGUUCGAAGCAAUCCUCGCCCUCUCCCCCUUCCCAUCAUGGCGCACAACAGGUCUUCAGGCUGCAGCACACUACACAGGCCUCGACAUUCGCAUCCCACCACAACCGCCCAUCCACCCGGAGAUGAUCGAUGCGUUCGCAGCGCUGGGACCCGCGGAAGCACGCCACCCGAACCACGGUUCCGCACUCGCCUGGGUCGCGCACCUCGACCUGAUCAAGCACGUCGUGCAGUCGAAUUACGAGACCGCGUUGAUACUUGAGGAUGAUGUGGAUUGGGAUAUUUCGAUUCGCGAGGAGAUGGUUGCCAUUGCGGAGGCUGUGCGGCAGUUGACCCAUACGCGGAAAGAGGAGAGUGCGCCUUAUGGGAGCGAUUGGGAUGUUCUGUGGGUUGGGCUCUGCGCAGAAACAUGGGAUAAGAGUUUCGAUACUGUGUACGUCGACGACGAGACCGCGUGUCCCGCUUCAAAGUACGGUGGUCUAGCCAAGGCGCCGAUGGAGCGCCUGGGAGGCGGUCGACCGCAACGAGUCGUCUUUCACUCCGGAGCUCCGAUCUGUACAUUCGCAUACGGGUUGACGAGAGAAGGCGCCAAGAAGGUCCUCUUGGACGUCGGAGCGGGAAAGGACGAGGCGUUCGACAUCGCGCUGAUGAACGGCUGCCGUGAGCGGAAUCUGACUUGCAUCUCGGUCCUACCGGAGCUCUUCCGCCACUAUAAGCCCUCGCCGAACCUCACGGGAAGUUUGGUCAACUCCGGGUCGGAUCGCAAAGUCGUCGAGGUGGAGACGGAAAUGGGAUUUACGGAGAAUAUCGUGCAGAGCGCGCGGUGUCAUGCCCUCUGGGGCAAGCCGUGUAUGGAGCCGCCCAAGGUGGAGGAACCUCCAAAGGAGGAGGGGAAGCACAGCGUGGAAGAAUGA